GUGCUUAACUUUGAGAAAUUUCGGUACAUCUGCUGCAAUUAUGAAGAUCUCCAAGUGUUUUGCCAUAUUUCUGAUAACUCUGACUGCCAUUCAUGCAUUCAUUUGCCCCAGUGACAACAGUACUUCCUACCACGCUGAUGUUUCUACCGGUUGCCGGGUUUAUCGUCAGUGCCAGUCUUCUGAAAUUCAAAUUUUAACAUGUCCUGAAGGACAAGCCUUCAACUAUCAGACGUCUCUUUGCCAAGACGAAACUACUUUUUCCUGCAAUGAAACAGCGGAAUAUCAUCACAUAUUUAAACGAUCUGUCGAAUUAGUCCAUACCAUUUCUCUUAAGGAUACAAAGAAUUCUUUCCUAAACUUGGGAAAUUCCAUUCGACCAUUAUUGAUUCAAGCCAUUAAGGAUGCUGCUCCAACGGUUUAUGAUAAGCUACAAUCCUAUUAUAUGCCUACAGUCCAAGCCAUAACAAAUGACAUUUUACCAAUCGUUAGAGAAAAACUUAUGCCUCAUGCUCAGAAGGUUUUCAAAUAUGCUAGAAAGUUGAGCUCUAGAAUGAUAGAGAAGGCUUUCCGGUCUUACGAAUUAUCGAAUUCAACUCACAUUAAUAUUGUUUCACUUUCUGAUAUAGCACGUGAUGUUUCUAAUGAUAUUCAGCCUAUAUUGAAACUUAGCAAAUACAUGUCACAAAGAUUGUUCCAAAACAGACGAUUUAAACGUAGCAUUGAUGAAGAAAUCCACAGCAUUUCUCUUGAAGCCGCUAAGAAUUCUUUUUUACAUUUGUUAAAAUCCGUUUGUCCGUUAGUGAAAGAAGCUAUCCAGAAUGCUGCUCCAACGGUUUAUGAUAAGAUUCAGUCAUAUUACAUGCCUGCAAUUCAAGCCAUAAGAGACGAUGUUUUUCCAAUAGUUAGAGAAAAGCUCCUACCUCAUGUUCAGAAGACUUUCAACUAUGCUAGAAAACUGAGCACAAGACUUUUGAAGAAAGCUUACAGGUCUUAUGAAUUGUCAAAUUCCACACACAUCAACAUUGUAUCAUUUUCCGAUGUGGUCCGUGAUCUUUCUAACGACAUUCAACCUGUGCUGAAACUUAGCAAAUACAUGUCAGAAAGAUUGUUUAAGAACAGACGACCUAAACGCAGCAUUGACGAAGAAGUCCAUACCAUUUCCCUUGAAGAUGUGAACGAUUCCUUCUUAAAUUUGGUAAAAUCUGUUCGGCCAUUAAUGAGACAAGCCAUCAAAGAUGCUGCUCCAACGGUUUAUGAUAAGCUUCAAUCGUAUUACAUGCCCACAAUCCGAGCCAUAAAAGAUGAUGUUUUACCGAUAGUUAAAGAAAAGCUUGUUCCCCAUUUUAAGAAAACUUUCAACUACGCUAAAAAAUUAAGCACCAGAUUAAUGGAGAAGGCUUACCGCUCUUAUGAACUCUCUAACUCUACUCACAUCAAUAUUGUAUCAUUUUCUGAUGUAGCACGUGAUGUUUCCAACGACCUUCAGCCGAUACUGAAACUUAGCAAAUAUAUGUCAGAGAGAUUAUUCCAGAGCAAACGAUUUAAGCGCAGCGUUGAUGAUGAAGAAGAUAGUGAAAUAAUUAGGGAGAAGAGACAGAUUCCUGAAUUUCUUUCUAGCUUAGCAGAACCCAUAAUGAGAAGCAUUUUUGCAGGUAUUAAGGAAACAUUCAUGGGUACCCAAAAUACUCUUACAAGUAAAGUAAUUCUUCCGAUCUUAUUCGAUAUGGCUGAAAAUCCUGAAACUGUCUUUGAUCUACGAACACUCUUUUGGUCGAUAAAAGCUGCAGUUUCCCCUCUUGUUUCAGAGAUUUUGACUUUGCAAGAUUUUAACACGCCAGAAGGUACCGUUAUUCAGAUUCCACAAGCUUCAUUAGAUGCUGUUAGAAACAAAUUAGUUAGAGAAACGAAACCAAUCGUACGCAGAAUUGCUGAAAGGCAUCUUCAAAAGAUUCUUUUGACUGCUGCAGAUAACGUACCUCUCAUUAUGGAGACCCUCCAGCGCUUACGAGUUGCUUACGACAUCAGAGAUGGAGCACUUGGUGGCAGCAUCUUGGAUUUCAUAACUAAACAUGGAUCACUUCUAAGAACCUCCUCUUUAACGCACGUGAGUAGUUAUACUUUAGGAGAGAUCAAGAAAGAUUUAUGGCCCAUUAAGGUAAAUCUUUUCAAUCUGCUCUUGGACUACUACACUCGUACGCCUAAUUCUUUGUUAGGAAAUUUCUUUAGCAAAGGAUUUAAGGCAUUAUCAUCAACAACUGGAAGUAGUGUAUCAGAUGUUAAAUCACAUCAAACUUACAGUAGCACGCCAUAUACAGAAGCAACUCUUUCUGCAUACAAGAAACCUAUUUUUAAACGAAUUAAGUUUUAAAAAGUGGUUUGUUAAAUUAAAUAGGAAAUUUGUAUUCAUAAUGAUAUUCUGUAAUGUUAUAUGUACACAUUUAUGAAAAUCGUAAUUUAUUCUUUAAUAGCAAUAAAAUGAA